AUGGGAUUCAUGUUCUUUGUCUUCGUCUAUGGUGUGAAGAUGGAUCCAACCCUUUUGAAAAAAUCAGGGAAAUUGCAUUUAUCUACGUCAUUAAUUGGCAUAAUAAUACCCAUAACGAUAGUCGUUGCUGUGGCCCUAAGCAUGAAAAAGAUCACGGACAAACAAGAGGCCAUGAUUCCUUCACUAGGAGCAAUAGCAGGUUAUUUGGGGGUCACAUCAUUCCCUGUUCUCUACAUCAUCCUCAAAGAGUUUAACCUUCUAAACUCAGAUAUGGGUCGAUUUGCAUUGUACACAGCAUUAAUUGGUGACACAUUGGGUAUGAUUUUUGUCGUGUUCGUUGAGAAAGGAGAAACAAAGAUGUUGACUACCUUAUGGUAUAUAAUUUCUUUUGUGGGCUUUUUAGCAUUCCUUGCUUUUAUUGUUAGGCCCAUAAUGACAUGGAUCAAUAACAAUACCCCACAAGGGCACCCAGUGCAACAGUCCUUUGUGGUUGCUAUUCUUCUUGGGGUUUUUGUGAUGGGCUUCGUAACUGACAUGUUUGGCAUCGCAAUUUGUAAUGGGCCAUUGUUUUUGGGCCUGGUAAUUCCUGAUGGGCCUGGUGUGGGGGCAACACUUGUAAAGAAGGCCGAAACAAUUAUGAGCGAUCUCCUUCUACCAUUCUCAUUCAUUAUGGUGGGAUCAUACACUGAUUUCUAUGCCAUGAGCGCUUCUGGUUGGUCAAGUUUGUCACCAUUGUUUGUCAUGGUUGUUACUGGCUACAUUAUCAAAUUCAUUUCCAUUUGGAUUGUUCUAUAUUUCUGGCGAAUGCCACUCAGAAAUGGACUAGCCGUUAGCCUCAUUAUGAGCUUAAGAGGCCAUGUUGAACUUAUAUUGUUUGUGGCAUGGAUGGAGAAAAAAUCUAGUACAAUUGAUAUAUCAUUGUUGUGGUUACAGAUCUUGAAGGUUCCAGCCUUCACAUUACUGAUUAUUAUGACAGUAGCAGUGACAGCAACAUGCUCUCCUUUGAUCAACAUAUUAUAUGAUCCAACAAAGCCAUACAUGGUGAGCCAAAGGCGGAACAUUCAACACAACCCUCCAGACCAAGAGCUUAGAAUAGUGUUAUGUAUUCUUGACACUGAAGCCAUAAAUGGUCUCAUCCGUUUGCUUGAUAUCUCAAAUCCAACCUCAAGCAGCCCCUUUUCAAUUUCUGUUGUUAGACUAACUGAGCUUGUAGGGCGUUCCAGCCCUUUGUUCAUAGACCAUGAAAAGCAACAAGUUCCUCCCAUUUAUCAAUGGACAAACACCAUAAACGUCCUUGAACACCAUCAGGAACUCAAGGGAAUGUCCAUGCAGCUCCAUUUCUUCACAUCUGUGGCCCCAAAGCAGUCAAUGUUCCGAGACAUAUGUGAGCUUGCCCUAGAACAAGAAGCUUCUUUGAUCAUCUUACCUUUCGACAGUGCUGAUGUUCACGACCAUGCAGCGAGAGCAGUGAAUUCACAGGUCUUGAACAAUGCACCUUGCUCAGUUGCAAUUUUUGUUGAUAAGGGUCUUCUUGAAAUCAACAAAAUAGGUAGUUCCAUUCGUCGAACUCCAUAUCGAUUCGCCGUGUUGUUUCUUGGGGGUGGAGAUGCUAGAGAGGCUCUUGUUUAUGCAGAUAGGAUGGUUGCUAACCAAGAUGUGUUCCUCGAAGUUGUAAGGUUUCUCCCUGAGAACUUUCUAAGGUACAAUGAUAUUGAGAGGAAGCUUGAUGAUGGAAUUGUGACUUGGUUUUGUGUUAAGAAUGAGAUGACUCAAAGAGUGGUGUAUAGAGAGGUACUGGUUAGAAAUGGAGAGGAAACAAUUGAAAGAAUUCAAGAUAUGAAUGAUGGUGCUUUUGAUCUUUUCAUAGUGGGAAGGAAACAUGGAAUAAACCCUAUUCUUCUCACUGGAUUAUCAGAAUGGAGUGAAAGUGAAGAUUUGGGACUCAUAGGAGACUAUAUUUCCUCUGCAGAUUUUUUUGGCUCGGCUUCUGUUUUAGUUGUUCAACAACAAAUCUUAAGAGGCUAA